AUGCUGCGUGGAAUAAUUCUCUUUUGGCUGGUUCCCUCUGCCCUCUCAGACGUGUCCAUCGCUGCCGGUGGCCAUGUUACCUGCGUGCUGUCCGGUGGGCAGUUGAGGUGCUGGGGUCAAGGCAGCCAGGGCCAGCUGGGCCAGGGGGAUCCCAGAGACCUCGCCGACGCGACUUCGAUCCCUCCAGUGAGCCUGGGUCUGAAGCGGGAAGCAGCGCAGGUGGCAGUCGGCAAAGAGCACAUUUGUGCGAGGCUUAGCGACAGCAGCGCUACCUGCUGGGGCCAUGGGCCGCAUGGUCAGUUGGGCCGGGGAAGAGCUACGAGCUUGCUUGGCUCCCAGUCCGACGACAUGGGUGACAACUUGGUUGCUGUGGAUCUGGGAACCCUUGCAGCCCUGGAGGUGGUGGCUGGAGGCAUGCAGAGCUGCGCCCGGCUGGUGGACGGGUCCCUGCGGUGCUGGGGCAAGGGCCUGGUGGGCGGAAAGAUCGAGCAAAAAGGCGAAGAGGGCCUGGCGAUGGAAAGCGUGGCGGUGGACCUGGGAGGGCGAGUCCUUCAGGUGGCCGCCGGCACCUCGCACACCUGCGCUCUGCUGGAGGGUGGCGCGGUGAAAUGCUGGGGCGCCGACUUCCAGCUGGGCCGACGCUCUGCGCAGGCCGAGCUCCCCGCCCUGGACCUCGGCGGUGCUGAGGCCCAGGAGGUCGCCGCGGGCCGCGGCUUCGCCUGUGCGCGCCUGGGGAAGAGCGCGGUGAAGUGCUGGGGUUCGGGCAGCGACGGUCGGCUGGGCUCGGGCUCCACCGACAACAUCGGCGACGAUGUCCGGGCUUUGCCGGCCCUGGAUCUCGGCUCCGGGCGCUGGGCCCAGGCGCUGGCCGCCGGCGAGGACCACGCGUGCGCCCUGUUGGACGACAACUCGGUCAAAUGUUGGGGCAAGAACGAUUUUGGCCAGCUGGGUCAAGGGCACACGCGGUCCAUCGGUGACGAGCCCGGCGAAAUGGGGGAGAAUUUGCAGCCCGUGGACUUGGGCUCCAAUCGCCACGCUCUGGCAGUAGCGGCGGGAGCCCUGCACAGCUGUGCCAUCCUGGACGACUACAGCGUGAAGUGUUGGGGCUACGGCGCUUUUGGCCAGCUGGGCAACGGGGGCACCGCGUCUCUGGGUGAU